AAUGAAAUUUCGGCAAAAAACGCCCGGAAUCCGGCCCUGCGCGGGGCCUCUACUUCGCGCGAAUACGACCACACAGGCGCGAAAAAAUCGAAAAUAAAAAAAAUCCACCUGUAUCGAUCAGACGCGACGUCGGGCGUCGGAAACACAAAUCGCGAUCCUGCGCCGAGGGAAAGACGUCGAGCGUCCGGACGCAGCUCGUUUCUCCCGUUUCUGCUCCGUUUCUGGCCGGGAAGAGGGAAUUAUCGGGCAAAUAAUAAUAACGCACGAAAAAUUUCCGAGUACAAGUACAUACGAAAACGCGUACCCGGUCAGAUGUGGAGUGGAUUUGUUCAAGUUUCGCAAAAUUAAAUAAGGGAGUGGAAAUAAGGGUAGUGAACGUGAUGUUUGGGCAUCCCCGCUUCCCAAAUGAAAAGUAAAUGGAGGAACCACUACCAGUAAAUUCAACAAAUGGCUCUCAUAUCAGAAAACGAGCCGCAAGAAGACUCCAAACCGUCAUUCAAAUCGAAUUAUCCCAGCGAAACUCACACCACCAGCUCUUCUAAACCGGAUCCCCUGCAGAUCGACAAACCCAUAGUCGCCCUGCAGCUCCUCACCACCGCCAUCAAGCUCCAGGACCUCCAGCUGGCCAAGCAAUGCGUCGAGAACUUGAACAACCGCCUCAACGAAACCAACGUCCUGCUGGUCCUCAAGCACCUCUCCCAGUACACCGACGAUCCCGGCACGCCGGCCGAUCGCUUCGCCCCUUCAGCCCCGCCCGAAGGCGACCAUUGGGCGCGCGACCUCGUCGACAAUUUGCGCAACAACUGCUACCAGGCCAUCGACGGGCGCGCCGACUUCGUGCUCGCCCACAAGGACGUCGUCGAGUUGGGCUACGGCGAUCUGCUCAGCAUCGCGACGCGCGACACCUUGGAGGCCUCCAGCGAGCUGCUGGUCUACAGCGCGGUGAUGCGCUGGGCCGUCGAGCGCUCUAAGAGGAUGUCCCCCGAAGCCCAGAAGGUCCACUUGCGCGCCGUCCUCGGAGACCUCGUCUACGCCCCCAGGUACGGUUUGAUGACGAAGAAGGAGUUCCUGUGCAGGACGGUGGACGGCGUGAAGGGGCCCGACAGGUCGGGGGUGCUGGAGGAGAGCGAGAGCGAGAGGAUAUUGGGGUACAUAAGGAAGAAGGGGGUCGGCGGGGAGUUGCCUCGGGGGGCGGGCGUGCCGAGGAAGAGGCCGAGCCGGGGGCGGGGCGAGUUGGGGUGCGGGAGGAGGUCGGGUUGCGAGAGGUUCCUGAUCAAUUUUUUGGCUUGUUGGACGGCCGUUUUCGAUUAGACGGGGGGGUGGAUUGGAAUGGGGUGGUUAAAGUUUGGAGUUUAUGAGAAUGUUAUGGAGGUCCUAGGGAAGGUGUUUAAUGGUGUUUAUUUAUUUAUAUUGUCGGGGGAAUGGUGGAAAUGUAGUUCCUGUUUACUUUUGUGUUUACUGCGAUGUGUGUUGCAUACUUUCUGGGGACUGGAAGAUGAUGAAAUUAUUUUGUUUUAGUAGAGGAAAAUGUUAAUUUUACACGUGAAAAGUACCAAAGUUUUAGAGAAUGAUAUUUGGUAUUGGUUUAAAAGAGAUUUGUUAUAAAUUAGGUAUUUUUUUUGUGUUUUUGUUUGAAAUCGAAAUUGUAAAAUUAAUUUAAUUGCGUUAUGGAUUAUUAGAAAUUUUGUAAGGAAUUUGAGUAUUGAAAAAAAAUGUUUAAAAUUGUAGGAAAAUGUCUUUUUCUACAAAAUGAAACAAAGAAGGGGCUUUUAUCUCGAAUAGUUUUCGAAAUAAUCGCAAUUUUUAAUCGAAUUACAUUAAAAUUAGUAGUCUUCAUAAUGAUUAAAAUACUCAUAUUAUUUCAAAAAUUUAGCGGUUUUUGAGAAUUUUCCAUUCUACCAAAAUUAAAGAGAAGAGUUUUUUCUACAAAAUAAGACAAAGAGGCAAUUUUUAUCUCGAAUAUUAUUCAUUAAAAAAAUAAUAUGAAAGUACCAAAUUUUUUAUACUACGAAAAUUCAUAUUUGUUUAAAUUGGAUUUGUUACAAAUUAGGCAUUUUAUCUAUUCCCGUUCGAAUUCGAAAUUGUAGUUAAAUUAAUUAUUUAUUUGCGUUAUCGACCGUUCGAAACGGUAGAGAUUUUAUUUUCUAACGAAUAAAAAAUAUAUUGUAGAUAUUAAAUAAUUUAUACGCGAUUCAUAAAUGUGAUUAAUAUUAAAAUAUGAUUGUUGUAAUUUAGAAUAAUAUAUUUAUAUUUAACUCUGAAAGAGUCUAAACUAAAUAAUUUAUUAUAUUUAUCUAAUAUAUUUUUUUUAAUUUUAUUCGCUCAAAAAUAAUAAUUUAAAAAUAGCCUGGCAUUUUUGCGUUGAAUAAUUUAUAUUUUAAACGUUCUAAUAAAAUAAAUUUAAUUACCUUUUUGUGCUUCUUUUUAACCUAAAACACCCUGUAUAUAAUGUGCUAUUAUUAGCUGACGAUAAACGUUUUCAGAUUAAUGUCGAACUUUCACCUUUUUAAUAACAUUUCACAAUAUUUCACAUUCAAUCAAAUUGCGUUAUUCACAAUUUAUUUUCGGAAAAAAACCUCAAUGAAUUCGGGACGUGUGUCGUUGCUUUAUCAUUUCAUAUAUUUUUUUACAAACAAUCUUACAUGUUAAUCAUACUGAAGCGCAUUAAUUAAUUAUUAAUCAAUCAAUUAUAAUUAAAAAAAUCUACAUUGUAGUUACAAUCUACUAGAUAAUUAUUCCAUUCCUCGUAUAACAGUACAAAAAAUAAUUUAACAAGAAAAAAAAAACGUACCGGCGCGAACAUAAAUAAAAUUAGUCAAUAAAUAAUUUUCUCUCGGGUAAUUUAGGGAAAAGGAAAUUCACUUCCACCAGGAAACAAUACUGGAAAAUCGCAGAGAAAUAUACAAAGGGAAAUUUUAUUAGCUAUACAAAAUCGCCGAAGACUCGUGUCAGCAUUCGCCCGGCUUCACCUCCGCAAAAACUGCAAAAAAAACAAACAAAUAAAUAAAUAAAUAUAACAAUUUAUUAAAAAAAUCCCCAAUCAACGACCUUUCCAAUGUAACACGACAAUAUACAGGGUGCUCCAUUAUAAAACAAUACAAAAUUUUUGGACUUACAGGAGCCGAAUCUGCAGAAGGCCAAUCUGGCGGUGCAUCUGUUGUUGAAGGUCUGCGGUGACCCGGACUCAUCUAUGGCGCAUACGGGGCCCGAGUCGAUGUCGCAAUCGUCGCUGAGGCAUUCGAGGAGGGCGGCGGGCGAGGGGGCGGCUUUUGCUAGUUGUGCGGC